AUGGAUGUUUACCUGGCGGGCGCAUUUGCUGCCUUUACGGUAGACAUGCUAAUAUACCCAUUCGAUACCCUGAAAACGAGACGGCAGAGUCAAGACUACCUCAAAAGCUACACACAAGGCGGCAAAAAUAACGCGCUGGCUUUGCGAGGAUUAUACCAAGGUAUCGGAAGCGUCGUCUUGGCUACGUUGCCCGCAGCCGGUGUCUUCUUUUCCACCUACGAACUGGGCAAGACGUCAAUCUCGAAACUAUCGCUGGUGCCCUUGCCAGUGGUACACUCUGCCGCUUCUACAAUGGCCGAGGCGGCCUCUUGCCUGGUGCUUACACCUGCAGAGCUGGUCAAGCAGCACGCACAGAUGAUGAGGUCGCAAGGUGGCGAAAAUACUGGCUCGACAUCGUUGAAAGCCUUUCGCAGCUUGUACGAAGCCGGCGUCGGGCGACGGCUCUUCACAGGCUACACAGCGCUGCUGGCGCUUUCCAAUUUUCGAGCAUUUACGUUCCCGGUUAUGGGCGACAAGGCUGCCACGAGAGCCGGGGCACCAGCGGAUACUGGAGACCGGGGUGAUCGCGGGGGCGAGUGCGGCCACUGCCGGGGCGAUCGCGGCUUUCAUUACGACCCCCAGCGACGUAGUCAAGACUCGGAUGAUGCUUUUGACGGGGAGUACCAAAGAUAG